AAUGUCAAUCCGGUCGAGUAGGGGCUCAGAAAGUGCCGCUAUGUAACCGUGUGCUGUUUUAUUUUCGAUUGGAAUGACAUUUUCAACGCUCUUUGUUUCCUCUUGCUGAUUUGAAAAUCUCGUUCUUGUCGAGCUAGGGCUCGAAAAGUACCGCUACGUAACACUGCUUGAUUUACUCAAUACACAGCAACAAAGUUACGUUGUUUCUGAACAAUACGAACAUGACUUUCUAGCUGAUAGCUGAUACGUCGGAUAUUCAUCAAACAACAGUACCUAUUGUGAUAAACAGUGAUCUCAAACAUAUUUCUGACGCCUAUAGUUUCGUGAAUUGCAUUGCAUUGGAUUGGCUGAUCUCACAAAAAAUCAACAAAGUAAAAUGGCCUGGACGAAAUAUCAAGUGAUACUGGCAUUAACCUUGGUAAUCACAGGGUCAAUAAAUACUCUCAGUACGAAAUGGGCAGAUUUUAUCAAAUCCGAAAGUUCAGAUGGGCAAGUUCGACCAUUCGAACAUCCAUUUGUUCAAGCUUGGGCAAUGUUCCUGGGAGAAUUCCUUUGUCUGUUAACUUUCAAAGCAUUUUACUAUUAUCUACGAAGAAAAAAUGACGGUUCAGAAGACCGCGAUGAGCUUGUGAAGGGAAACAGAGAAUUCAGUCCGUUUAUACUGUUUAUACCAGCUAUGUGCGAUAUGAUUGCAACAUCUAUUAUGUACGUCGGACUAAAUCUUACGUAUGCGUCGAGUUUCCAAAUGCUGCGCGGAUCUGUAAUCAUUUUUGUCGGUGUGCUGAGUGUCGCAUUCUUGAACCGUACACUUGUAAGUAGAGAGUGGACCGGCAUCCUAUUCAUAAUCCUGGGUCUAGCUGUCGUAGGUGUAUCUGAUUUUGUUUCAAAUGAUGGCGAUAACAGUACCUACAGCAGAAACAAUGUUAUAACUGGAGAUUUGCUGAUCAUCUUGGCGCAAAUUAUCACCGCCGUGCAGAUGGUUUAUGAAGAACGCUAUGUCGCUGGAUUAGAUAUCCCUGCAUUGCAAGCUGUUGGAUGGGAAGGUUUCUUUGGAUUCAGUAUCCUUGGCAUUAUGCUGAUUCCUAUGUACUUCAUAAAAAUGAUUCCUCCGUUCAAUAACAAUGCUCGUGGGGUUCUGGAAGAUUUGCCAGAUGCACUAGUGCAAAUGAAAAAUAACUAUCAAUUGAUCUUGGCAAUCAUCGGAACCAUAGUGUCGAUAGCGUUUUUCAACUUUGCAGGCAUCAGCGUAACUAAAGAAAUCUCUGCAACUACACGUAUGGUUCUGGACUCUGUGCGAACCCUGGUGAUUUGGGUCAUUUCAUUGGCGUUGUAUUGGCAAAAAUUUCAUUAUCUACAGAUAUUUGGAUUUGCUGGAUUGUUAUUUGGUAUGUGUUUAUACAACAACAUCUUAAUACUACAGACAUAUGAUCGCCUUUACAAUGCUUAUCUGCGGCGGCGUGAAAAUAAUGACGGCCAAAAUGAAGUUAUCAUCAACCGGCGUGCGGAUGAGCCAGAUUGCUAGACUAUACAGUAACAUAAAAUGAUCAAUGUUAACAAAAGAUAUUUCCUAAGUAAGCAUAUAUAAGGUUGGCUAAUUAAAUACAUGUAUUUGAUGAACGUUUGCAAGAUGGUUUGCAUAAUAGCUCCACGCUAUCAAAAAAAAGAAAAUGUCGUGACUUUCAAAGUUGUAUUUUGAAUCUCUUGAGAUUAAAUUGGCCCAAUAUUUUGAUAAGCAAUCAAAUGAAUUAUCAGAACAAUAAAUAUUGUUACACACAAACCUGCAGUCUGUGCUAGUAAAACGAUAUACAUAUGUGUGGUCGCCUUCCGCAACGGGUAAGGUAUGGUUACAUGAUGCGAGUAUGCAACCAGUCUUGAUGUUGCGCAUGUUUGUGUAUCAUUUUCUGUUAAAAAAAAUCCAAUCAAAUAAUUUUAACAAACGCAA